AUGAUGCUCCGCCCCAUCAUUGUGUUUGCGUCAGAGGGCGGGGCAAGGGCCCGACGGGCUUCGGGAAGCGAUACCGGAAGUGGAACCAGAACUCGGCAAGGGGUCCCAGGUGGCCCAGCGGCGCUGUGGCUCACCUCAGAACCACUCCAAAAUACCAAGUACAAAGUUUCACUUGGUAGUCAAGGUGCUAUGGCUGUGACAACUCAUGAGAGACCUCCCAGACAUAUUGCCUACCCUAAGCACCAGGCUGGACACACUGGGAAACAGCCUGGCCACAUGGGCUCCCAGGCCUUCUACCCAGGACGUCAGCAUGGCUACCUAGUCUCACCAGCUCGCCCAGCUGGCAUUCCUGUUCAAAAUCAGCCAGGUAGACCUGCAGGGGUACCAUGGAUGCCAGCACCACCACCACUAUUAAAUGGUCCACCUGGAUUGGAAUACUUAAGUCAGAUAGAUACGAUACUGAUUCAUCAGCAAAUUGAACCUGUGGAAGUCUUACUCCGUUUUGAAAGUAAUAAUAAGUAUGAAAUCAAGAACAGCUUUGGGCAGAGGAUUUAUUUUGCAGCAGAAGAUAGUCAUUUCUGUAGCCGAAAUUGCUGUGGGCCAUCUAGACCUUUUACCUUGAGGAUUAUUGAUAAUCUGGGUCGAGAAGUCAUAACUCUGGAAAGACCACUAAGAUGUAACUGUUGUUGUUGUCCCUGCUGCCUUCAGGAGAUAGAAAUCCAAGCUCCUCCUGGUGUACCAAUAGGUUAUGUUACUCAGACCUGGUACCCAUAUCUAAAAAAGUUUACAAUUCAAAAUCAGAAAGGAGAGGAUGUACUAAAAAUGAGUGGUCCAUGUAUUAUGUGCAGCUGUUGUGGUGGAGAUGUUGAUUUUGAGAUUACAUCUCUUGAUGAACAAAUUGUGGUUGGCAGGAUUUCUAAGCACUGGACUGGGAUUUUAAGAGAGGCAUUUACAGAUGCUGACAACUUUGGGAUCCAUUUCCCUAGAAACCUUGAUGUUAAAAUGAAAGCCGUGCUGAUUGGUGCCUGUUUCCUCAUUGACUACAUGUUUUUUGAAAGAACUAGGAAUUGAUUGGAAUGUCAGAGUGUCAGAGUGGAUUAAUGAAGAAGGCAAAAAGUAAAAGAUGGAAGUAGAUGCUAUGCUGCUGACUUUGAAGAUGGAGGAAGGGGUCCACAAACCAAGGGAUGCAGGCAGCCUCUGGAAGAUGGGUAAGGCCAGAAAAAAAUAAAACAAAACAAACCUGAAACAAUACAUGUUUUUUCUUUCCUUAGAGCCCUUACAAAGAAGAGAGUCCUGCUGAUUCAAUUUAGAAUUCUUAAUUUCAUUACUCUAAUAUCAUAUAUGUAUUGUUUUAAGCCACCAAGUAUAUUGUGAUAUGUUAUAGCAGCAACAGGAAAUUAAUACAGAUUUUGGUACGUACUUGAAAGUGGGACAUUGAUUGCUAUAGCAAGCACCUAAAAAUACAUAAGUGGCUUUGGAAUUGUGUAAUGAGUUAAAGCUGGAAGAACUUUGAGAAGCAUAAUAGAAAAAUCCU